ACGGGCUACUCGACCGUUACCGUGAGGAGUCGAGAUCGACCCAAGUUAUUGUUCGACACUGUUUGUACUCUGACCGACAUGCAAUACGUAGUAUUCCAUGCAGCCAUUAGCUCCAAGGAAUCUAUAGCUGUUCAGGAAUACUACAUAAAGCACAAAAGUGGACGCCCUUUGGAUUCAGAAGAUGAGAAGCAGUUGGUUACCCAGUGUUUGAUAGCAGCUACGGAAAGGAGAAUUUCUCAUGGGUUAAGACUAGAUAUUUGCACAGAAAAUAGGAUAGGACUAUUAUCUGAUAUCACACGAGUAGUACGAGAAAAUGGAUUAUCUAUAACAAGGGCUGAGAUCGGUACUCGGGGUGAGAGAGCAGUUGGCACAUUCUAUGUAAAAGAUACUUCGGGAGAAAAUGCUGAUCCAGAAACACUUGAAAAGGUGAGACGAGAAAUCGGAAGUGCUGUUGUAGUGGUAAACAAAUCUUCGAGCUCCCCUUUGCGAGCAACAUCCAGAACAUGUAAAAGCAACAGCAGCGAAGUACAAGAAAGGUCGAGGUUUUCCCUGGGAAGCCUGUUGUGGUCGCACCUAGAGGGAAUUUUGAGCAAUUUCAGACCCAUAAAAUCCUGAAGUUUUAUAGAUGGAAUAAGGGCUGCAUUUACCUGUAAAUACCGAUUAGCACAUGUGAACUAGUUUCUCAUUCAUCUGUAAAUAAUAAGAGCCAGCAGCAGCCCCUACAGGAAAUGAGAGUUUAAAUAAAACAAUAAAACAAUGCAUGUGUCUAUCUGCUUUGUUUUCCCUUCAAGAAAAAGCAGUACCAGAGUCCCAAAAAUUCUCUUUUUUGGGCAAAGAUUUAUUCUU